AAACCCAUUUGGAAGAAAAUAAGAAUUGACAGUUUUUUUUUCUUUUCUGAAGAAAAAAUGUAUGAAUUUGGGGAUGAACUGAUAAUUGAAAGCUUUAAAAUUCCAUGGUUGAUGUGGAUUCAGUUUGUGGUGAUGAUUCUUCUUGUGUUGCUUCUUUUCUUUGGGUUUAGUGUUUUGGAUCUUUCAAACAACUCUACUUCUCAAGGUUCUGUUGGUUCUUCUUCGCAUGUCAACUUGCCCUCUAAUUCUAUUAGAAUCCUUCAGCAUCGGAACCUAAACCAACAUACUAAAGGGGAAAAUGAAGCUAGCACUAGCCGUGAAAUCAGGGCAGCAGAUGAAUCUCAAGUAAGAGAAGGAUCUGCAGAAAAGGACGCAACCAUUUUUAAGUUUUGUGUACGUACAGAGCACCCUUGCAAUUACUUUGGACUAGCCAAACAAGCAUUUCUCAAGUGCUUGGGCUUUGAUUCCGAUCACGACAAUUGUAACACCAGAAGACAUGCUAAAGAAGAGUAAUGGGAAGAUGCUAUAUUAAUUUUAGGUUCUUGAGAUGCACAAAGGUUCAGGUCUUGGAAAGAGUAGAUGCUGCUAG